GGUGUCGCAUUCGUAGAUGAGGUUAGGUUUGACUCCUGCAUUUCUAGUCAAAAUUGUUAGUAGUGUUGUUUUGAUUCCUGCGAGGAGCGUACACAAGUCGGAAUUAGUUAAGAUGAAGCUGCUCACACACAACAUGUUAACGUCGAAGAGUAUGAAAGGAGUCACGGUGGGAUAUCCACUCGGGAUAAACGUUGUUGAUAUUAAGGUCACCGAGGUUGACUUCAAUCCGGAAUUCAUAUCCAGGAUAAUCCCGAAAUUGGAUUGGAGCGUGCUGUGGAAGGCGGCCGACACCAUUGGCCAACUUGAUGAUCUUCCUAAGGAGCUCUCGCAGGAGUACGAGAAUGACAAUGAUUUUCUGAAGAAGGUGCACCAUGUGUUGCUGGAAGUGGACAUUGUCAAUGGUGAGCUGGUCUGUCCUGAAACCGGUCGCAAAUUCCCAAUCAACAAUGGCAUUCCGAACAUGCUGCUCAAUGAGGACGAAGUUUAAAUAUAUAAGAAAUUUUAUUAGUUUUUAAUUUUGUUAUGAGAAGCAGUUCGGUUUUCUGAAUAUACAUAUAUUUGUUUUUCAAUACAUCAAAUGCACAGUGGUAAGGAAUACAUACAUCUUUGCUUGUCUAAAAAACAACGAAAAAAUUAAGUAAACUACACUCUGUUACAAUGCACAUGUCUAUGGCAAUAAUAAUAUAUUAUAAAGUCA